UCAUUUUUAAGUCGUAAAACGCGAGAACAUUGAAGUGAUCACCCGAGAUCGAAUAACGGGGAGAUUAAAUCCUCGCGAUUAAAUUCCUUAGUUUAUAAGCCUAGUUCAAAUUCUCUCGUACAUAACGAAUUUUGUUAUUGGCAGGGUCAGUAAUAGAGGAAGAGAUAUACCACCUGCUCACCCACUCGCGCACUUACAUAAUAACGGCUCUAAAAAUAUGAAUGAGGAAUAAUAAAGGGAAAAUGUGGAAUCGCAUGUCUUAUUAAACGGAUGCAGGACAAAGCGAAAGCUGGUCGUGAGCGAUAGGGCCGCGAAUCGCUUCCCACGGUGAUUCGUAUUCGCGCGGGUCAUCAUCUUCUCGGACGCAUCUCGACGACGCGUGUAACGUGACCCAGGUGGCGUGCCGCUUGUAUCGAACUCCACACUCCACAGCGUCGCGGAGGCUCGGGAACGUGCGUGUCUCCCCCUCCCUCUCCCUUUCCGCGCCUCGUAUCAGCUGUAAUCGUCAGCCCAGCUGACGUGUGAUGUGCGCGUGAUUUUCCUGCGUCGAUCCCCUGGAUCGAGCGAUGAGGUAGGAACGAGGAGAGGCGCGAAGAAACAUCGUUACGAGGAAAUCGCCGAGUGCGGCAAAGUUUUGCGACGAGUCUUGGAAGAGGGAGAAUAAUCCCAGUCAUGUCGCACCCGCGUCUGCGAAGCGCGGUGAUCGCCGGCGGCUGGUCGGCCAAGACCAUGACGAUGACGAUGACGACGAGACAGGGUGCCGGCGGGGCGCUACUCGGUGGAGGGGUAGGGAUGACGGAUGGCGGGCCGGUGUCCUCCGCGCUGUUCCAGCAGAAGCGGACCAUCACUUCGUUUCGCGGCAUGGCAGCGAGCGCAGCAGCGGGCCCGUGCGGCAAGGUCCUCACCGAGGACAACGUCUUCGUGAAUCUGCGCAAGAUGGAGUAUGCGGUGCGCGGCCCGCUACUCAUCAGGGCGUUGGAGCUCGAGAAGGAGCUACAAAAGGGUGCUAAGAAACCUUUUAAUGAGGUGAUCAAAGCGAACGUGGGCGACGCUCAUGCGAUGGGCCAGCAGCCCAUCACAUUUCUACGCCAGGUGUUGACUUUGGCGGUCUCGCCGAAUCUGUUGGAUGAUCCGAGCUAUCCUGAGGAUGCGAAAAAACGCGCUCGGACAGUCCUCAACGGUUGUAAGGGCGGUAGCGUGGGCUCGUAUUCGGAAUCGGCUGGCAUCGAAGUGAUUCGUAAGCACGUCGCGCACUAUAUCCAACAACGUGAUGGAGGUAUUCCUUGCGACUAUCACAACGUCAUCUUGUCGAAUGGUGCCUCUGACGGUAUCAAGUCAUUCCUGAAACUGUUCAACGAAAAAAUUGACAACAAACCAUCCGGCGUACUGGUUCCGAUUCCACAAUAUCCUUUAUAUUCGGCAACUUUGGCAGAAUUUGGUCUCGCGCAGAUCGGAUAUUACCUCGACGAAGACAACAAGUGGUCACUAGAAAUUAGUGAAUUGGAACGAGUAUUGAAGGAAUAUAAAGGCACGUGCAAUCCGCGAGUGUUGGUAGUGAUCAAUCCUGGUAACCCAACCGGUCAAGUACUGACUCGCGCUAAUAUUGAAAAUGUUAUUCGCUUCGCCCAUAAGAAUCAUCUGUUCCUGUUAGCCGAUGAAGUCUACCAGGACAAUAUAUAUGAUAAAGACAGCGCGUUUCAUUCAUUCAAAAAGGUCAUGACAGAGAUGGGCGAACCGUAUUCGAAAAUGGAGCUUGCUUCGUUUAUGUCAAUUUCAAAAGGAUACAUGGGCGAGUGCGGGAUUCGUGGUGGUUACGCCGAAAUCAUCAACAUGGAUCCGGAAGUGAUGAAGGUAUUGCUGAAAUCGAUCUCUGCAAUGCUAUGUCCGAGCGUACUCGGCCAAGUCGUGAUGGAUGUUGUGGUGAAUCCGCCACAGCCGAAUGAACCAUCGUACGAGAAAUUUCAAAAAGAGAAGAAGGAAACGCUGCGGUCUUUAGCGAAGAGAUCGCGACUCGUCGUUGAUACGAUUAACAGUAUUCCAGGAUAUAAGACAAAUCCAGCGAUGGGCGCAAUGUAUGUGUUUCCGCGCCUAGAUCUGCCGCCAAAGGCGAUCGAGGCGGCGCGAGCGAAAGGUCAGGAGCCAGACGUCUUCUACGCGUUCAAGCUGCUAGAGAGCACCGGAAUCUGCGUGAUUCCGGGUUCAGGUUUUGGUCAAAAACCUGGCACGUAUCACUUCCGGACUACAAUACUGCCUCAGGAAGAAAAGAUAAAAACGAUGCUCGAAGCGCUGAAGCAAUUUCACAUCAAGUUCCUUAAGGAGUAUAGUUAA